AUGGUCAAGUGUACCUUCUUUUUCCUAUUGAUGUUUGUUGUGGUUAACAUUGGUGAGAGUGAAGAUGUAUACACGCUAAGCACGAACGAUGGUGUCUUAUCACUGCCCCGUCAACCGUACUAUCAGUAUCUUUUGAGGAUGAAGACCAACGGAAGGUUUCAGAAGCGGAGUUUAGGCAUCUACCCUAUAUUCGACGAGUGGAGAGAGUUGAUGAAGGAUAAGGUGGAUGAAGCAAAGGAAGCGCUGGCAACAUGUAUUCAGCAGACUUCUGACGCCAUUGUGAAGGAGUGCACGUACGUUGGGAAACAUUGGCCGUGCUUAAAGGGAACGUUCUACAACAAUGGUAAGUCUACUUAAAUAUUGUUAUAAAUGUUUUAGCUGGGUAUACUGUAGAAAAAGCUUACUGUACACUUUCAGUAAAUUUUACGUUUAAAAGUGCGUAGAAUUUCAUGAGGGAGUAAGGUGAUUCCAUAGUACCAUUCAAAAUAAGCUUUGACCAAAUAGAGUUCAGUUUUUGAAAGCGUCUGGGAGAGUUACAGUAACCUUUAUAAUAUUGGUCAUUCAACGAGUACUAUUAUUUUGCUAUUGACCAUCAGUAAUAGUUUUAUAUCUCGUUAUUGCACGUUAACAGUAGCGCAAAUAAUGGGCGUGGGACCGUACGAUGAGAAUCAGAUGCUCCGGUUUGAGAUUAAAAAACUAAAAAUAAUAGACCUGUCUUUGAGAAACAAAAGUACGAAAUUUUUUUAAGUGGCGCGUUAGCUAAAAAGGUCAAAAAUUAAAUAGAAAAGGCAAGAAUACAUAUUUAGGUUCUAUGGACUUUUAGACCGAAAGCCUUGUUUAACAUGUUUUUAUCAGCUAAAGUUUUUCAAAAUUUAAAUUUCAGACACAGGAUUAGUCGAACACUUCUACAACGUAACCCAGCUGGCCUUACUCGACUGUACGACAAGGCAUGGCUCAGAGAAUGAGAUCAAAGACUACUGUUGUGCUUCCAAGGACAGAUGCUACAGACAAUGCUACAACCCGUGA